UAGCCUCAAGCGAUCCUCCCACCUCUGCUUCCCAAAGUGCUGGGAUUACAGCUGUGAGCCUCCGCGCCUGGCACAGGCUUUAUUUCUUAUGCUCCUUCCUUUUUCCUGGAUGCCUUUCUAACUCUGUAUCUGGCACAUAGAGGUGCUCCCUACGUGUUUGUUGAAUGAAUGAAUGAAUGAAUGAAUGAAUGAAUGAAUGAAUGAAUGAGUGAGCGAACAUGACAUUUCAUCUUAUGUAUCUCUUGAACCCGCCAGGCCCAGGCCUGAUGUCAUAGCCACUACCCAUGGCCAGAGUCUCCAGUCCCCUGCAUGUCUGCUGGCCACAGCGCGAACGCCGAGGCACCACCCUUCCCAACCCCAGCUCCGUCCCCUUCCCCGCCGGGGUGCCCCUGACCCUUUCCCCGCCGGCUUCGCGGUCCCGGGACCGCCAGUCUACAGCUCAGCCGGGGGUGUCCCCGCCCACAGCCAGGAUUGGAGGACGGAGGCAACGCCCACCCCGCCAGGCGGCCUCCUAUUGGCACGGCUGCCUCCAGGGGCGGGGACAGGGCCGGGCGCCAGUAGAUGCCAUCCAGGCCCGAAAAGCUCAGGCCAGUGGCGGGCGCGACACUGUCCGCGCGGCCAGGCGGAGACCUGGAGGACCCAAGCUUCCGGACGACGAGGACCCGCCCAACAUGGCCUCGGAGGUGAGUGGGACCUCGGGGACGCCGGUCCUCCCAGCCUCGAAACGAGAGGGUGGGGACGCCAGACCUGCCUCGGCCACCCUGCUGGGAAUCCGUCUUCAGGAAGCCUUCACCCCCAGCACUCCCAGGCGCAUCUUCUGGAGCUCAGCAGUCACCUUUACCGGGACUAAUCAGUGUCCCCAGGCAGCCCUUAUGGCAAACCCACCAACCCACGCUACUAGGGGUAGAGUGGCUCUGCGCUGACCUCACAGUGAUGCCUGCCUGGCCAGGAAAACUGCUCCCACGCCUUCAGACCCCCACCUCUUCAUUCCUUCUUCCCACAUGUCCUGUCAGGUCCCACCCCGUACCACACCCUUUCUGCUACAGCAAUUGUCCCUGUUUGUAGAAUAAGUCUCAGCCCCUAAAGUAUUAUUGUCCUUGACUGUGGCAUGUGGAAAGAGCCAGGAAAAAGGGGACGUCGCCCCGUGGCUCCAGCAACCCCGGUGCCUGAUCCCUUCCUGUCUCACUGGACGCUGCUCCUUAGGAUCAGCGACUCUGGCACUUCUCUUCCCCACCACUGAGAUGCGGGAGUCCCAGGCACAGGUUUCCUUCCUUGGGCCUCAGUUGAUUUAUCUGGCAGUGGGGGAUAAUAAUAGCUGUCGGCCUCCCUCCGAAAGGCACUAGAUUAUGAGGCCAUUGCUUUGGACCCUUCAGGUUAAAGAAGCUGUUUGAUGCUUGAUGAAGGGAACUCCGGGAAGCAGGAGCUCUGGGUUCCAGCACCUUCUGGCCCUCAUUAGCUAGCAAUUCAUUUCCUCUUUCUCAGUGCCCUUCAAGCUUCUGGGUCAUGGGAGAGGGCAGGGGGGCAGGGCCUGGACUUUGGAGCCAAACAAACUCGGUUUCUGUACCAGUAACUUGAGCCCUCUGAACCUCUUUCCUCAUUUGUGAAAUAGGCGUGAUAUUGUGAUAUUGCUCACUUCAUAGAAGGCUGUAAUAACAUACAUCGAAUCCCUACCACAGGACUGAGCAACAGUAGGUGCUCAAUAAAUGGUGGCUAAUCACAACAGUACUGAUAUUUCUACUUUGGGAGGCUGAGGUGGGAAGGUUGCUGAAACCCAGGAAUUCCAGGGCAGCCUGGGCAACAUA